AUGUCUUCCCCGUCCCCUCAAGUCAAAGUCCCCGAUCUCUACCGCUCCUCGCCCGCCAGCGCAAUGCAGAUCCGUUCUGUUUCGGGCAUGUGGCCCAGUCAACUCUUUGCCGAUGCCGUCCCUCGGUCCUGGAGCAAGAACGUCUUGGUGUCCCUGGCCAAGAUCAUCUCCUCAGCCAGCACAAAGGCUGACACCACGGUUGACGACGUGGUGGCUUGGUUCAAGGAAAAUGCAGAGUCGUGUGGUGGCCUCAACCAGGAGGCGUGCACUCAAGCCGAUCGGUGGCUGAAAAAUCCUCAGAAGCGACCCGGUUAUGCCAGCGAUACAGAAGCGUCGCGCCGCAAACGGCGCUCAUAUGAGGUCCCAGAACGAAGGGCCUCUCCCAGCCCAGACAUCACCGCAAACCGCGAAGAGCUCGUGCGCUCGGAGCACAUCUCCAUCCUCAGAGAGAAGUCGGCUGCUGCUGAGGAUCGCCUCAAUGAGGCAAAACCACGCCUGGACGAGAUCGAGUCUCGCGUCGUUGCUCUGCAACGACAAAUCGCCAAUGUCAAUUCCGGCGCGCUCCAAGAGAGCAUCAAGGAGGCCACUGCCCGCCUCGCAACCUCCUCGGCCCUGGUCACCAAGCACCAGCGAUACGUGGACGGGUACCAGGAAUUGGCGCUGCCCGAUGCGCCAACCUACCAUGUCCAAGCCCUGGAAAAGGCUCAAAGCGAGCUCGACAAAGCAUCCCAGGAUGCUCAAACUUCUGGGGAAGUGUUGGCGUCCGCUCAGGAGGAGCAGAGAGAGUUCAAGCGUGUUGAGGAGAAGUUGGUGAUGUUGGGCGCUGAGAGAGCGACCCUGGAGCAGUCUGUCCGUGACCUGACGUUGGACAAGGAGCGGUGCGAUGUGUAUCUUGGGAUGGUGGAGUAUGGGCCUGAUGGUUUGGCCACUCUGCGGGAGGAGGAUGUUGGUGCUUGGAAGGGGAUGUUGGACCUGGAGUAG